AUGACGAAUUUGAGAGUAUCUUCGUUGACUGUCGAGAGGCCCAAUGGAUCUUUGGUGAAGAAUUCAGAGGAAGCCUUGGGGAUAAAAGAUUUUGUAGCUCGUAGUAUUUGGGGAGAUUUUUCGAAGCCCAUUCCUGUUGAGCCCAAUUCAUGGCCUGCUUUAGAAAAUACUAGGGUUUCUGAGGAGGCAGGUUUGAUUUCUACGGGUGGGAUUGAUUUGGGUAGAUCUCAAGAAGCUUUAACGGCUGGAGGAGAUGAAGGCGAAUGGGUUAAAGUGGUGAAAAAGAAUCGGAGCCCUAGAUCGCCGCUUUCUCAUCUCAAAAAUUCUGCUCCUCGCCGAUUUCUCUCGGCUAAUUUUGUUCGAAGAAAUCGAUUGUGCUUUCGUUGUGGGGGUUCGAAGCAUAUGGCGAAGGAUUGUAGAGAUCCAAUAGUGUGCUUCAGGUGUCAAGAAGUGGGUCAUGAGGCGAGGAAUUGUAGAUCUGGAGUUCCUGGCCAUGGAUCUGAUAACAGUGGUCGAGGGAAUGGUGGUGGUAGAGGCUUUGGCUUUGAAGGUAUAGGUCGUAAUUUUGGAGGUAGGGUUUUUCCUGGAGGUCGUGGUAAUGGGGGUCGUUUUGGGGGAAGAUUUGGGAGAUCUGAUGCCAACCCCUGGCAAUGGCAACGAGAGAAGGCGGUCACUGCUUUUUCUUCAUCAGGAGCUCAAGAUCGAUCGUCAAGAAAUCAAGAUCGGCUUCUGAAGAAUGUUCAUUUAGACAAAGGUAAAAGACCUAUUUCUUUGGUGGAUAGUGAAAAAAUACAUGAUUCUAUACUUCAAUUUCAAGAUCAGGGACCGAGGGAUUUUGGGGAUCUGGAGGCUGAGUUAAAAAUUUCAGGUGAUCACCCUCGCUUCUCUGCUGCUGUUCUUAAUUUUGAGGGAGAAGUGAACUCUGGUUUUCAAAAAUUUAGAAAUUAUGCUAUUAUUUCUUUUGUGGAAGGUGGUAAUAUUUCUCUGGAGAGAUUAGAGUUGGAUUUGAGAGCUUUUUUUUCCUAUGAAUAAGCAUUGGGAUGUGAGAUUGUUUACAAAUGGCGAGGUUUUGGUUAAAAUUCAACCUUGGAGACAGAUGGAUGAUAUGAUUAAGAUGG